GGCUGGCGGCGGUGGCGGUAGCGGCGGCUGCGGCGCGGUAACGAGAAGGCCUUGGACCCAGCGGGAGGGCUGGCGGAGCGGCGAGGGGCCGAACCCAGACUGGACCAGAGAAAGGCGCUGAACCGAACGCAGCCCAGCCAUGGAGCCCCUCCCGAACCCACUCUAUGAUGUCCCUGUCCGUGCGGCCUCAGCGUCGGCUUCUCAGCGGCCGGGUCAGUAGGAGCCAGUCCUUUGCCGGGGUUGUCAGCGCCCAGGAACGAGGGCCCAGGAGCCUGCCUGUCUUCAGUCCGCCCAUACCCCCACGUAAGCCUCCUGCAGUUUCGCGGGUCUCCAGAAUGUUCUCCAUGGCACACAAGACCCCCCCACCAAAGGUGCCACAGCCUGAGCGGCUGGACCAGGUGUACGAAGCACUCAAGAGGGGACUAACGGCCUAUCUGGAAGUCCAUCAGUUGGAGCAGGAGAAGCUGAACAUCCAGAUCCGUGAAUCCAAGAGGAAUUCCCGGCUGGGCUUUGUCUAUGACCUUGACAAGCAAGUCAAAUCCAUUGAGCGCUUCCUGCGACGGCUUGAGUUUCACGCCAGCAAGAUCGAUGAGCUUUACGAAGGAUACUGCAUUCAGCGAAGACUUCGGGAUGGGGCCCAAAACAUGGUGCGGGCAUACAGCACGGGCUCCCCUGGGAGCAGGGAGGCCCGGGACAGCCUGGCAGAGGCUAGCAGGGGCCAUCGUGAGUACACGGAGAGCAUGUGCCUCCUGGAGAGUGAGCUGGAGGGUCAGCUGGGGGAGUUCCACAUCAAAAUGAAAGGCCUGGCUGGCUUUGCCCGGCUUUGUGCUGGGGACCAGUAUGAGAUCUGCAUGAAGUAUGGGCGGCAGCGCUGGAAGCUGCGGGGGCGCAUUGAGGGCAGCGGGAAGCAGGUGUGGGACAGUGAAGAGAUGGUCUUUCUGCCUCUGCUCACCGAGUUCCUCUCCAUCAAGGUGACAGAGCUGAAGAGCCUGGCAAACCACGUAGUGGUGGGCAGUGUGGCUUGUGAGACCAGGGAUCUAUUUGCGGCCCGACCCCAAGUGGUGGCUGUGGACAUCAACGACCUGGGCACUAUCAAGCUCAGCUUAGAAGUCACCUGGAACCCCUUCGACAAAGACGACCAGCCUUCAGCUGCCAGCACAGUCACCAAGGCCUCCACAGUCAGCAAGCGCCUCUCCGCCUACAGCCAGAGCCCCCCCGACACCCCCUCCCUGAGAGAACAGGCCUUUUAUAACAUGCUGCGACGUCAGGAGGAGUUGGAGAAUGGAGCAGCCUGGUCGCUGUCAUCUGAGUCAUCUGAUGACUCGUCCAGCCCCCAGCUCUCUGGGGCCGCUCGCCUGGCUCCACCUCCCCGGCCGCUGGUCCAGCAGGCUGCACCUCCUGCCAUCCAUAUUGCCUUCUCGCGGCCCGAGUCCAUCCAACCCAAGGGUCAAGGAGUUGCCCCGGAGGAGGAGGAGGAGGAAGAGGAAGAGUCUCCAAGCGCAGCUCCAGUCACGGGGAUGGCGAAUGGGCAUGUGCCCUACAGCCGGACGCUGAGCCACAUCAGUGAAGUCAGCUUGGAUGCCGUACUGACCGACACCCACCUAGGAUUGGAGCCCAGCACCACUGAGAGCUUGGCCAGAGGGGAGCCAGACUGGGGCCCUGCUCUUGUGCACCCUGUUCCCUCACCCUUGGACCCUGCCCCCCAGCACACUGCCCCCUCUCACCCGGACCCUGCCCCCCUACACACCACCUCCACUCACCCGAACCCUGCCCCCCAGCAAACUGCCCCCUCUCACUCAGACUUUGCCCCCCUGACCACCGUUUCCUCUCCCCCAGACCCUGCCCCCCUGCCCACCGCCCCCUCUCACUCAGGCUCUGCCCCCCCUCCCACCACCCCUUCUCACCCGGAUCCUGCUCUCCCGACCACUGCCCCCUCUCACCCAGAACCUGCCCCCCUGACCGCUGCCCCCUCUCACCCAGGCCCUGCCCCUCUGACUACUGCCCCCUCUCACCCAGACCCUGCCCCCCUGACCACUGCCUCCUCUCACCCAGACCCUGCCCCUUCCAAGCCAGAUUCUGUCCCUCCGCAUGCAGGCCCUAUCCUCUCACUCUCAGAACCUGCUACCUUGAGCCUGGGCCCUACCUCUUCACCCCCAGGCCCCUCCAAACAUGAUUCUUCCCACUCAGACACUGCUACUUUGCAUGCAAGCUCUGUUCCCUCAUACCCUGUCCCCUCAGAACCUACAGACACCUGCCGGGACCCCUCCCCCUUUCACCUAAAUCCUGCCCCCUCUCCCUGCCUCCCAGAGCCUGGCUUCUCCCUGUGCCCUGGGGCUCCAGGAGAGCAGGAGGAAGCUCAGGAGGCCACUGUAGAGGCCGGAGCCCCCCUCCUUCCCAUUUCCCCUAGUGGGACAGCUGAGAAGGGGGUCAGAGAGGGCUCGGCUCCCAUUCCCUCCCCUUUCCAGGCCGGGCAGGUGUCCCCAGGAGGGACCCAGGCUGGGCCGGCAGACACCCCCCGGCUGAAACCCACAGACUUAGGGCUGGAGGAGGCCCUGAGCACCCUGAGCUCAGCCCUGGAUGACUAUCGGGGCCAGUUCCCCGAGUUGCAGGGCCUAGAGCAGGAGGUCAAGCGGCUGGAAGGCAUUCUCAUGCAGAGACAGGGAACAUCCCGCAGCCGAGCCUCCAGCCUCAGCCUCACUGUGGAACAUGCCUUGGAAAGUUUCAGUUUUCUCAACACCCCCGACUCCGACUCUGAUGCUGACCCCAACACCGAGGAAGAUGGCCUGGGAGCCCCGGGGGACCCGCAGCUGAGUGUCUUGGGGCUUGGGCUUGAGGCCAGGGGUAGUGUCUGUGAGGAUGGGCCGGACCCCCGGACCCCCGACCCCCUCAGUACGGGCUGCGAGUCCCUGGACGCAGCCCUGGUUCUGCAUCUGCAGCAUUGCAGCCGACUCUUGCUGAAGCUGGGCACCUUUGGGCCACUGAGGUGCCGGGAAGCCACGGCGCUGGAGCGGCUGCUGCGAGAGGCUCAGGUGCUAGAGCUUAUGUGCCAGCUCAGCGGGGGUCAGGCAAUCGCAGCCACCUCAGCUCAGGAAGUGGUGCAGUUCUCCAUCCCGAGGCCUGGCUUCCUGCCCUUCUGGGAUGAGUGCGUGGAGGGCUCGGGCCUAUUUGUCUGUCCUGCAGAGCGUCUUCUUCGCACCUUCUGCCACCAGCAUGGUCCCCGCCUUGCUCCCCGCCAGCCAGGCCUGCCCGAGGCCGUGGGCAUGAAGCUGCUGGAGGAUGCACUAGGGGAGCGCCUGCCACGUCGGCCUAGCCCAGGUCCGGGCCCUCAGAUCACCCUGUUCCAGUUCUGGAGCCACAUUGAGGCCCUGGGUCCCUCAUCUCUGGAGGCCUUUGCCACUGAAACUGCAGAGGAAGUCGUGUUGGUGCGUAAUCUUCUGUCGGAUGACCAGGCUGUGGUGCUGCGGGCCCUGCAGCGGGCACCAGAACAGCAACUCCAGCGAGAAGGACUGCGGGCACUGAGCUCCCUGCUUGUUCACGGCAAUGGCCGAGUGAUAGGUGCAGUGUCCAAUCAACUGCGCAGCCUGGCGCUCGGCCCCAUCUUCCGCCAGAGGGCUCUGCUGUGUUUUUUGGACCAACUAGAAGAUGAGGAGGCCCAGAUCCGUGUGGCUGGCUGUGUGGCUCUGGGCUGUCUCAGGGCCCCAGAGGGCAUUGAGCCGUUGGUGUAUCUGUGCCAAACUGACAAGGAGGCAGUGAGGGAAGCUGCCCGGCAGAGUCUCCUGCAGUGUGGAGAGGAUGGGAAGUCUGCGUACCGGCGGCUGGAGGAGUCGCUGGACACGCUGCCUAGGAUCUUUGGACCGGGCAGCAUGGCCAGCACUGCAUUCUAAGCUUUGCUCCCCACUGCUUGCUGACCACUGUCCAUGGGCAUGGCACCAGGGUCGGGGGGGCGGGGCCCACUACUUGCGCCCUUUUUCCCCUGUUGCACAUCCUUCAGGACCAUGGUCUUACCUGUUGGCACCGCUCCCUGCUCAAGAGUCCCAGCUCCUCGAAGCUGGAAGGAGGCAGUACCUGCCGGGGAAGGCCAAGACCCAGGCUCCGGGGUUCCCUAACCUUAUACAGAUGUUCUCUAUGAUAUAAAUCUCUCUAAUAUAUUCUCCCAUGUCCCUUUGUCUCCAAGUGUCCCAUACAGGCCCACCGGGCCCGGGAUCUCCGGUCACCCCUGCCUUGCCUCUUAUCUCCACCCAAACCCUAUCCUCCACCCUGUCUGGUUUUGUAUUUUAUUUACGGAGUUUUGCAAAAAAUAAAAACAAAAAUCCCUUUCCUAUUC